ACCGCGCAUGCGCUCAGCGGUCCGCGGUCAGCGGUCAGCGGUCCGCCGCGCCCGCUCGGUGCCGCCGCUCUUGCCCGGAGCGCUGGGGACGAGCCGCUGCGCAAGUUUUCCCAUGUCCUUAACCCAGGACUUUGUUCAGUGGGUUGAGAAGGAUCAAGUGGGCCUUUGGAAUCCAAGGAGACUAGAGAUUGUAGAGUGGCCCAUCCAAGAAGAAACACUUCCAUUCGGCUGUGAAACGCUGGGACAGAACACUGGAGGGCCCGAUGGCUACAAAAUCCCUACAUGAUGGCUCCAAAACCAGGAGUCCGGGCAGCAUCGCCCACAGCAGGGCCGCGACUCAAGGGCAGUGGGGCCGUGCCUGGGAGGCGGACUGCUUCUCGCUGGCGGGCGUCGUCUGUCUGCUGCUGUUCGCGCCCUUCCUCGUGUACUACUUCGUCCUGGCGUGUGACCAGUACAGCUGCUCUCUGACGGCCCCCGUGCUGGACGUCGCCACCGGGCACGCUCGGCUCUCGGACAUCUGGGCCAGGACGCCAUCCGUGACGAAGGAAGCAGCCCAGCUCUACAUCCUGUGGGUCACGUUCCAGGUGCUUUUGUAUGUGGCCCUUCCUGACUUCUGCCACAAGUUCCUGCCGGGCUACGUGGGAGGCGUCCAGGAGGGCGCCGUGACCCCCGCAGGCGUGGUCAACAAGUAUGAGAUCAACGGCCUGCAGGCCUGGCUCAUCACGCACCUUGUCUGGCUCGCGAACUCGCACUUCCUGUCCUGGUUCUCUCCAACCAUCAUCUUCGACAACUGGAUACCGCUGCUGUGGUGCGCCAACGGCCUCGGCUACGCCGUGUCCACCUUCGCCAUGAUCAAGGGCUACUUCUUCCCCACCUGUGCUGAAGACUGCAAAUUCACAGGCAAUUUCUUUUACAACUAUAUGAUGGGCGUUGAGUUCAACCCCCGAAUUGGGAAGUGGUUCGACUUUAAGCUGUUCUUCAACGGACGCCCUGGGAUCGUGGCCUGGACCCUCAUCAACCUGUCGUUUGCGGCCAAGCAACGGGAGCUGCACGGCCAGGUGACCAACGCCAUGGUCCUGGUCAACGUCUUGCAGGCCAUCUACGUGCUGGACUUCUUCUGGAACGAAGCCUGGUACCUGAAGACCAUCGACAUCUGCCACGACCACUUCGGGUGGUACCUGGGCUGGGGGGACUGCGUGUGGCUGCCUUACCUGUACACCCUGCAGGGCCUGUACCUGGUCUACCACCCAGUGCAGCUAUCCACCCCCUACGCCGCGGGCGUCCUGCUGCUCGGCCUGCUCGGCUACUACAUCUUCCGGAUGGCCAACCAUCAGAAGGACCUGUUCCGCCGCACGGACGGCCGCUGCCUGAUCUGGGGCAGGAAGCCCAAGGUCAUCGAGUGCGUGUACACGUCGGCCGACGGGCAGAAGCACCACAGCAAGCUGCUGGUGUCCGGCUUCUGGGGCGUGGCUCGCCACCUCAACUACACGGGCGACCUGAUGGGCAGCCUGGCGUACUGCCUGGCCUGUGGCGGCGGCCACCUGCUGCCCUACUUCUACGUCGUCUACAUGGCCAUCCUGCUGACGCACCGCUGCCUCCGGGACGAGCACCGCUGCGCCAACAAGUAUGGCCGCGACUGGGAGCGCUACACCGCCGCCGUGCCCCACCGCCUGCUGCCCGGGGUCUUCUGAGCCCCGGCCCCUGGGAGAAGCCCCAGGGGGCGCGAAGAGCCCGCCAGCCGGCUCUGCUGGGGCCCCCGGGAGCCUCCGGGCCCUCGUCGGAAGUGGCGAGAGCCUCGUGCUCGGCGUGUCGUCCUCUCGCCCCAGGGGCGGCCCGAGGUUUGGUGCCGACAGCCUGUGAUGACCGCGUCUCUCCUGUGUUCGGGGCGCGAGCGGCCGCACUGCCCAGACGCACCGGUGUCCGUCACGGCACAGACCUCUCCCGCUCGCUGCCACUUAUCCUCACAGCGCGAGGGGGGACGUGGAUGCGAGCGGAGCCGCCAGUAGCCGUUUCUUGACUUCCGGCUGCAGACGCGCUCUUCCUCUUUCUGACCUGCCCUGCCACGGCGGCCGGACCCCGCAGAUGUCUCUCCUGGGCUGCGAGCCUGCUGUUAAGCUUGAAGGACUCUGCACGGAAGAGGGGGCCCUCUUUCCAGUUUCAGUGACGCUGCAUUCCCUGCUGCCCGUGGCUGCGGGGCUGCCGUGAGGAGACAGCCCCGACCGUGGCUCCCGGUGUCCGACCCUGUGAGAUCCAGCCGCCGGCCGGCCUGGGCCUGCCCACCCUCUGCAAGGGUUUCCUCCUGCUCGCCUGGUGACCACCCACCUUGACUCCGGCGGUCCAGCACACUUGUGCGCCCUCCGGGGGGCCAUCUCCAACAAGGUCUAAAUCCCAGCCUGGGGGAGGAGAUGCCUCUCAACUGAAUUUGUUUACACUGGGCAUUUGCACUCCACCCUAGGAUUUUCUUGAAAGCUCUCUUUAAACAUCACUGCCUUAGUAGAUUUGAUCAUUCUUUAUACUAAACCUUCCCUGUUUAAA